GAUUUCUUUCUUUACAGAAGAUCAGCAAAAAGAAUGGCGUUAAAGAAGAGGAGUCUAGUUGGUACUGGGACCCGCCGCCCCAAACGUCGAAAUUAUCCGAUGAUACUGAAGAGAAUUAUGUAUCACAAAUACGAGACCUACAAAGAGAGCUUGCCACCCUGAGAGAACGAGAGACUAUUGAUCGAGUGCUGCAUCAAGGCCCACCUGAUGAUGAACUCGUCCGAUUGAGAGAAGAAAACAAAAACCUUACCUCUAACCUAGAAGAUUUAGACAACCAACACCAACAGGCUAUGGAAAGACUACUAACUUUAAAAAGAGAGUUACAAAGCAAUUUUGAAGAUUUAAAACAAGAACACGAAGAUCUCAAAACUGCUAAUGAAGAGUAUAUAGCUGAAAACAAGAGGUUACUUACGACAAUCGGUGAAAGGGAUAAGGAAUUAGAGGUAGCUAAUGCAAUCAAGGCUGAUCAUGAGACUUUAUCGCAUAAAUAUCAAAAUUUAGAGAGGAUACAUGGUCUGUUGCGAGAAAACGCUGAAAAGUUUCAAGAAGAAAAUCAAGAAUUACAUGAAGAAGUAUUCAAGUUGCAAGAACAGGUGACAAAGUUGGAGCAUGACUUAGAAGUAGUACAAAAACAUGCAGAACAUUUAGAUAUGGUCCCAAGAGAUACUUACGAACAGCUUCUAAGAGAAGUGAAUGAAUUGAAAGAGAGGAAAUUCAAAUCAAAUUCAUUUAGAUGAAAUCAAUAUCGAUGAUAACGCUAAAGGUGUAAUCGAAACACUGAAACGUGAUAUUAGCGAGCUAAAACAUAAAUUAGCUCAGAAGGAAAUUAGUUCUUCAGAAAAUGUAGAUAAUAAAGUAAUAAAACCUGAGAAGAUUAUGCAUUUGUAUAAUAAGUAUGUUAACUUUGAACUUCCCAUUGAUUAUGUUGGCGAAAUACCUUCAGCUGGCGACAAUAUAGUUCUGUUCAAAUUAGAGAGCGUUUUCAAAACCGUUAAUUCUUUCAAAAAAGAAAUAGAUGUGUUAGACCAUCAGCUAUCAGAAAAGAAUCUAAAUACAAACCACCUGCAAACACAAAUAGAUGAUCUGACCACAGAAAAUGAUUUCUUAACAACAGACAUUCAGCAUCUUGAAAGAGAGUUGAAUGAGAUGAAAAAGAACAAUGAUUUCCUCAUAUCUGAAAUUGCUGCUUUAAAGAAUACGUCCAAGUUGCAACCGAUAAUAGAAACACAUGAGGACAACUUGGCAAAAUUAGAAACGGAACUAGCUGACUCCAAUAAUAUGAAUAAACUCUUUGAAUCAGAAAUCAAGAGGAUACUGAAAGAGCUGGAGGAAGUACGAGCUGAAAAAACUUCCCUUCAUGAUGCCUUACGGGACUUAAAACAGAAAUAUACAACGAUGUUGGAUGAAUUUGAAAUGCUUAAAAAUCAGACUAAAACUGUCGUGGAAUUAGAACAUAAUGCAAACAAUCAAGAUUCUGAGAAACUUAAAAAGACAGCGGAUGAGAUAGAUGAUCUGAAGAAACGACUAACUGCUGCCAAUUCGAAGAAUGAACAGCUGUCUAUAGAUAUACAUAUUUUGGAAAACGACAAAGUAUUGUUAACCAAAAAAGUCGAUGAUCUUAAAAAUGUACUAGAUGAGAAGUCUAAUGCACACAAAGAGUUAGAAAAUUUGAAAUCAACUUUGGAUUGUAAACUACACGACUUUGAAAAUAAGUUGGAUGAAGUCAUUAGACAUAAACAAGAAGUAGAAGUAGACAAACAAAAGCUACAAGAAAAAGUUAGUGUAUUACAGGAUCAAUUAACCACUACUGAUACUGAAAAUAACGCAAAGUUAGAAAGCAUGAUGACGGAGAAGACUUUACUGGGUGAGCAGCUGAAACAUAUGUCUAAAGAAAACGAAACUCUUACGCAAUCCAUUGAAAAGUUAAGAACGGUUAUACUUGAUCUGCAACGUCAGGAACAAGAGUUACUAGAUGAAAACAACGAUCUUAAGAAAAACAUACAGUAUGAAAGGAAUUCAAAAGUUCUUGAAGACACUAUCGAUGAGUUGAAAUCUAAAACUGUUCAUCAAGAUAUACUUACCAAUGAAGUCGCUAGUCUGAAAGAUGAAAACAAAAAACUAAUUGAAAAGAAAAUUCAACUCGAAGCAGAAUUAGUAUCGACUGAUAGUAAAAUUGCACAUUUAGAGGAGGAAUUUGAUAAAUUAAUUGUAGACCUCAAUGAAAAAGAUACUCUAAUUGACGGUCUUAACAGCACCAUUCACCAUAAUAAUAUUACCCUCCAGAAAUUAAAUGAAAGUGGAGCUGAAUGGAGAAAAGUAUUUCUGUGAAGAAUGAAGAAAUACAUAAACUUCAACGUUCUGUAGAAGAGCUUACUUUAAAACUCAAUGACACUGUUGGUAAAUCAGAUCGAAGUCAAGAAGAAUUGAACAGACUUCACGCUGAAAAGGAGGAACUCAGCAAGCAGGUGCUCUCAUUAAAUGACGAUAUCAAUUCUAAAAACAAUGAGAUAUCUUCAUUAACAUUGCAUCUGGAACAAACAGAAAAGUCUUCAAAUGAACUCAAAACAUUGAUAAGUAAUAAAGAAAAAGAAAUCAAAGAACUAAAUCAAUCAAUAGUAGAAUUAACUGAUAAAUUAAAAACUGCAGAGAAUGUAAUGCAUCACAAUGAUGAUUAUGCCAAACUAGAUCAAGAGAAGAAAGCAGUAGAGGCUGAGGUUGUUGCCCUUAUAGAAUCAGUAGCCGCUAAAGAAAAAACUAUAGAGGACAUGAAACAAAGUCUCGCAUCGACUGAGAAGAUAUCAAAUGAAUACAAAUCAAUAAUAGAUACAGCAAUGACUGAGAAAACGGAACUGAUCAACUUAAUAAACUUAAAACAUAAUGAGAGUAUACAGUAUCACAAUGAGAUACAGAGAUUGAACCAUGUGAUAUUGGAACAGACGAAUGAAUACAAGAAAGUGAUAGAAGAGAAAGACAAACAGCUUCUGAAUUCUUCUGACCAUUGUAAGAACUGCGAGAACUUGAUGGUAACUCUGAAAGAAAAAGACGGGAUUAUAGUGUCUUUAAGUCAGAAUGCGUCUGGUUUUGAGAAGGCAAUGGCUGAUCUGGUAGCUGCCAGUGAAUCAGUGAAAGUGCUGACUGAGAAAUGUGAUAAUCUGGAGAAGCAUUUGUCAGUACAGGUGGAGACGGUCAAGAAAUUGACGGCAGAAAAUUUACAGUUGUCGGAACUAGAACAGAACUCGGUGAAGGAGUUGGAGCGACUCAGGCGCCACCUGGUGGAGACGGAGGAGAAUUACACCCAGGAGCUGAUGUCUUCGGAGCAGAAGCUGACGGAGUGCCAGGCCAGGUUACACCAGGUCGAGGAGAGAGCCAAACAGACUAGUACUGUUUAUACUAGUAAUAGCAUCCGAGCGAACCAAGAAGUGGAGACGUAUCGCAACCAGAUCAGGUUAUUAGAGAAACAACGCGACGAGGUCCAGGCUCGACUCAGUGACGCCGAGGAUGCACGGAGCAGGAGUGAAGCAGCACUCACCAACCUACAAGUCGUGCUUGAGCAGUUCCAACUAGACAAAGAACGUGACAUACAUUCAGCAACAGAAAAAAUAAGAAACAAAAUGGAGGAGCAACGACGACAGAACCAUGGCCUUCAACUAGAGAUAUCCAGGUUAAAUGCCAAGCUGGAAGAGGCACUGACUGGUCUCCAAGCUGCCUCCAGGCUUGGAGACCAGGUCGAGAUGAAGAGGGCUGAGAUUAACGACCUUAAGGAGCAAGUCCGCACCCUGCAGACGUCAGUGGCGGCGGCGGAGGAGCGCUACUACAACGCCAUCUCCAACCAGCAAGACAAGGUCGACAAGAACCUUGUCAAGAACCUCGUCAUCAACUACGUCAUGACUGCUGCAGGGAAUCAGAGUAAUAAAACGCAAGUCCUGAGAAUCCUAUCAACAGUCCUAGACUUCAACCAACAAGAGUGUGAGAGGCUCGGCCUCUCCCGCUCUGCGCAGGCGCCGGACAGUUUGGCCGCGGAGUUUGUGAAGUUCUUACAGAACGAGUCCCGGCCGAGGGCGCCACUGCCGAACAUGAUGACGUUAGCACAGGGCAACACUAGUCGGAGCGCCACGCCCAGUUCCAGGAAGAAUUCUGCUAUAGGACCACCACCGAACCUCCCGAAAACCGGUCACAGUCGCAACCCGUCGACUGGUUCCAACAACCUUCUAUUCAGUAACCUGGAUUCCAUGGAGACCGCAUCACAAUUCUCCAGGGAAUCUGAUAGAGAACCUAGGGUCGUCACACAAAGCCUCGAUACAGGUGUCAACCAAACUAGAAACACUGAGGGAGCUAUUUUGAAAUCUGUGCUAAAAGAUAUGUGA